CGCCAAGCGGAUUGGCCAGCUGCAAUACCGCAAGCCAGCAUCAGGUCUCUGCCGAAAUUUAAACAAAAAAGUGGGCCGGCGUCGCCAACAGCAACGUCUAUCAAAACCCUCGUUCCGGCGUUGUACCAAAGUGCUGCUGGUGCUGAUAAAAGCGGCUGCGCAGCGACGACGCAGUAUGCCCUGGCCCCGCCUCUGCCAGACCGCGGAGCAGUCGCUGCCGGGCGCGUCCGGCGGCGCGACGACGCCGCGGCGCGCGCUGGCGCGCGGCGGCUGGGGCGGCGACGCGGAGCCGCUGCGGGCGAGAUAUGUCUUUGGCGCCGUGAUCGCGCGCGGCGUCGCGGCGGACGUCGUCGAGGCGACGCGGACCGCGGACGGAACGCGGGUCGCGAUCAAGGUGCUGGCGCGGCGCCGCCGCCGCCGCGACGCCGCGAGACUCCAGCGGGCGGACUCCGCCGCCCUGGCCGCGCCCGAGUCCGACUCCGAGCGGAAGCGGCAGAAGCCGCCGCCGUUCAGGGAGGCCGUCAAGCGCGAGCUGCUUCUCCAGCGCGCGCUGCCCUUCCACAAACACGUAGUGCAAUGCCACGAGGUCGUCCUCUCGUCCGCCACGAACUACGUCGUGAUGGAAAAGGCCGAAGGCGGCACGUUGUUGGACGUCGUAAGACACGGCACGCCGCCCGAAGCGGUCGCGAGGCGCGCCUCGGCCCAAAUCCUUGACGCGCUGAGUUUCCUGCACGCGCGAGGCAUCGUCCACCGCGACCUCAAGCUGGAGAACGUCCUGGUCAGGGACGCGGACGGGCCCCUGCACGUGCUGCUCUGCGACUUCGGCAGCGCGCGCUUCAGUUCCACGAGCGCGACGAACGGCAAGGCCGCGACGGCGCACGUCGGCACUCUGCCGUACAUGGCGCCCGAGCAGCUGCGGGGCGGCACUUGCGAUCCGUCGGUUGACCUUUGGUCCUUUGGGAUCGUGCUCUGCGCGCUGUGCGUCGGCAGGCACCCGCUUUCGCGCGUGCCGCGCGAGGCCUGGGCCGACGCGAUGGCGCGCGACGACCUCCCGCGCGACGCGAGCGGCUGGCCGCCGGAGGCCUUCGCGCUGGCGCGCGCGUGCCUGCGGCUCGCGCCCUGUGAUCGCGUCGCCGCCGCCGCCGCGCGCGCGCACGCGUGGUUCGCCGCGCCGGACGCCGUCGCGCCGCCGCCGGUGCCGGUCCGGGGGCGCUUGCGCUCGGCGCGCGAGCUCCUCGACGACGAGCUCUAGCCCCCCCAUCGUCAUUUCCAAGAUACCAUCCACCACCUUCUUCACCAUCCUCCUUCCUCCAAGUGUAAACAGACUAAUAAUUAUGCGCGCCGCCUUCGACCGCUCCGCCGCCGGCCCGCGGCGGCUUCGGGGGCAGCGGCAUCUGCGGCGGCCGCCUUGCGGAGCCGGCGGACCUCGUCGACAGCCGCCUCGAGGCGCUCCGCGAGCGAGUCGUUUUCCGCCACGAGCUCCUCGACCACGCGCGCCCGCCGCCUCGCCUCGCGCCGCCACCGCGAGCGCGCGGCCGCAAAGUCGUCGGCGAGCUGCGCCGACCGCGCGCGCUCGGCCCGCAGCGCGUCGACGAGCGCGCCGACGUCGCGCCGCAGGAGGCCGUCCGCGACCGCGCGGGCCGACGCCGCCGCCACCUCGAGCCGCGCGAAGCCCUGCAGGGCGACCGCUAGCGCCGCGGGCUGCCCCCCCAACAGCAUCGUGUCAUUAUCAUUGCUUGGCUCUCCCAUGCGAGUACUGUGUGGGGCAGUGUCUCGUCGUGCCAACGAAUUCCGGCAAUCGUAGCAGCCGUGGGUCAGUAUCUCGUCGUGCAAUGAAUUCCGGCGUAUGGUAUGUUUCAUAUGCAGGUAGGUACCUACACAGGUAAGACGGGUCGCUCGGCUCCAUUGUCUCAACGCCGGUCGGCCAGGCGAGGUAUUACAAGGUGCAGCUCGACGAUCAGGCGGAGCCGCUGUCCUGUUUCAAAUCAGCUCUCACCUUGAUUCCGUCGACUGACGCCGAGGGGGAGGCCUCCGCCGAGGGGGAGGCCUCCGCCGAGCCGGCGCCGGAGUUCGGCUACAUCGUCGACUACCGCGAAUCGGACGGCAUGUACCGCAUCGUCUUCGACGACAUCAAGGACGCGGAGGACGCCAACUACUGGUACAAACGCGGCGUGGACUGGUACAAACGCGGCGAGGACUUCGAGGUCCUCUGA